CUCGGAUAUAUAUGUGCGUGUCAGAAAUGCGAAUCUCUAUUUAAGAAUUUUCACAGUGUUGAAUGAACGCCAAUAUCAUCAAUACCGCUAUAUUACAUAGGUGUUGGCCCUACCCCGUAGCCCAACAGCACCAUGUUCUCACACAUCAUUAACCCAUUUAUUGCCAAUGCUCCUAUGUUUGGCACUGCAAAGGCAGAUCUAGCAGCAGCAGUUACGAAAGCUGGUGGAUUUGGAUUCAUCGGAGGUGGCUUUGACUUCACGAACUCUAGCGCGCAGCUUGUCUCCCUCGAGAAGGAGUUGUUCAAGGCAAGAAAACUCCUUGACCUGAAACCCUUGCCGGAUGAUGCAGUCCAGAGGCAGGACAAUAGCGUGGAAAGCCUCCCAGUUGGUGUAGGAUUUCUCACCUUCCAUAGCGACGACGCUAGUGCACUUAUCUCUUUGAUAUGGCGACAUCGUCCACUUGGCAUCUGGCUAUUUGCGCAGGCAGAGAAUCAACACAGGAAGUUGAUUCCUUCUUUGAAAUCGGCUGGAAUAUCCUGGGGCAUGAAGAUUUUCGUCCAGAUAGGUUCCGUGAAAAGCGCUAUUGAGGCUGUCGAAGAUGGUGCCGACGUUAUUGUUGUCCAAGGCUCCGACGCGGGUGGACAUCAGUUUGCAAGCAAUGCUAGUAUAAUCACCUCGCUCCCGGAGAUAUCUGACGCUAUCAAGAGGUUGGGACGAGAUGUCUCCAUUCUCGCUGCCGGUGGUAUAAUGGACGGUCGCGGGAUCGCUGCUGCACUGGCACUAGGAGCGUCUGGUGUUGUAAUGGGCACACGGUUUGCUGCAACCAUCGAGUCUUCAUCAUCGGAAGUGGCCAAGUCGGUGAUGGUUUCUACCAGAGAUGGAGCCGUGUCUACAGCCAAAUCCACUCUACAUGACGCGCUUCAGGGCCGGCCUGAUUUCUGGCCUAUGGCUUAUGAUGGACGGGCCGUGAUUAGCGGCCUAUACAGAGACGUCUCAACGGGAGCGCAGUCGAUUGAACAGGCUGCAGACACACAGAAAAGAGCAGCAGCAGCUGGAGACGGCUCGAAUAUGGUUGUCUGGGCGGGAGCGGGAAUCGGUCUGAUCGAGAGUAUUCUAAGUGCAAGGGAGGUAGUAGAGAAGUCACGGAUGGAGGCAAAUGAGACAAUGAAGUCUUUAUCAAACCAAGUUGGACCGUGAUAUGAGCAGAGUGCCAACAUCUGGUGUGGGUUGGUGAAUGCCUUUUCAUAUGCCAUCAGAUCAUGCCAUUUGAUCAAUGCUUAGCAUUUCUUGCUCCUAUGAGCAUAUGUACCCUCGAAUGGGAUCAUUAUUUUUACCCCAUUAAUGGUUUCAUCCAUAUUAAUAAAAUAAUGAUUGGAAUGAAACAAGAUGAGAGUAGG